UUAUUCUCACACCACACUUUGUUAUUUGAUUAUACAUUGUAUCUUUCAAAUCUGUGUUCCCUUGUAAAAAUAUACCCUUAAAAAUGGCUGUUUUAAGGAUUCAGACUAUUGUGAUGCACUUAGUGCUAGUAUAUAUGGCGGCAUUGUCCACAGUGGAUGCCGCAGCUCGACCUCUGGCUCAGUGGAGAAAGCUCUCCGCUCUGGUACAAGAAGAGCCUCUUGUUCUGCAAUACCACAAUGGCCCUCUGCUUACCACAAAACCCAUUCUCAAUCUUCAUCUCAUCUGGUACGGAAAUUUCACUUCCACACAGCGUACCAUUGUGGCCGAUUUUGUGCAGUCAUUGGGAAAGAGAGACGGCAAGCAGGGCUCUCCCUCUGUGUCCGCCUGGUGGAAAACAACAGAAGCCUACAGAGGCUCUGCCACUUCCCAGUCAAACCCUGCUCAAACACUAAAUCCAAGGCUGGGGAAGCAGAAGCUAGACGAAGCUUAUUCUCUCGGAAAGUUCUUGAAAAGAAGUGCCAUUGCUGUGCUGGUGAAGAGUGCUAUCCAGUCCAGAGCUCUGCCUCCACCCCAGAAGAAGAAAAGCAAUGGUGAGGUGGAGUUAUAUUUGGUUCUAACAUCUGAGGAUGUUAUGGUGGAGAACUUCUGCAGUAGUUCUUGUGGAUUCCAUGACAGCAGCAAAGCAGGCAUUAAAUACACAUACGCAUGGGUGGGGAACUCAGCAACGCAGUGCCCAGGGCAGUGCGCGUGGCCAUUUCAUCAGCCAAUUUACCGCCCGCAGAGCCCUCCUCUGCUGCCGCCCAACGGCGAUGUGGGUAUCGACGGUAUGAUCAUAAACAUUGCGGCGACGGUUGCGGGAACAGUGACGAAUCCGUUCAAGUCAGGUUACUUUCAAGGAGACGUCGCUGCUCCGUUGGAGGCGGUGUCAGCUUGUCCGGGAAUGUAUGGAAAAGGGGCUUAUCCCAGUUACCCCGGGCAAGUGUUGGUGGAUGAGACGACAGGAGGCAGCUAUAACGCCCAUGGCGUCAACGGCCACACGUUCCUUCUGCCAGCAAUGUGGGAUCCCACCUCGCGCUCCUGCAAGACCUUGGUCUGAAUCACCCCAAAAAAAACAUUAAGUGCGCCAGCAUACAAUUGUUUUAACAGACUGGAGUUCUCCGAUCUCCAGCUUGUAAUUCUUUAUUCAUUUAUUCUUUUGAAUUAAUAAAUUAUUCUUUGUCCGCUUAACUAA